CCGUUUUCAAUUCGCCGUGCGUCCGUCCAAUUCCAAAUCUAAUGCGCAUUUUGUUGUUUCGUUUUUCUCUGUGACAUAACACAAAAUUUGCCUUUUCUAAUUUUCUUAAAUUUCCAAAAGUGAUUUUUCCCACUUCCUAGAUGACUCUAACUCAGGCAAUGCGGAGGUUUAGUGUCACCGCAUUACAAAUACCCAUCCGAAGGUUUGCAUAUUUUUCGGCACCCACGAAGAAGCGCAGUUCCGGCUUGAAUCCGCGUCUUGUACGACUUCCGCUCUCGAUCGCCUCCCUAAUGAGUUCCCUGGCUCGGCAGAGGUUCCCGCAGGAGUGCGAGGAGGCCAUCAACCGUCAAAUUAACAUGGAACUCUACGCCAGUUAUGUUUAUUUGUCGAUGGCUUACCAUUUCGAUCGAGAUGACGUCGCCCUGCCUGGCAUGCAUUGGUACUUCAAGAAGGCCUCCGACGAGGAACGCGAGCAUGCUAUGAAGUUCAUGAAGUAUUUGAACAAAAGGGGCGGAAAGAUCGUCCUCGAAGAUAUAAAACGGCCAGAAGUGCGUGAAUGGAGUACGGCCGAGGAUGCUAUGUGCGCCGCGCUGGAUUUGGAAAAGAAAGUCAAUGAGAGUCUCCUCGAGAUUCAUGCAAUAGCCAGCGAUCUCAAGGAUGCCAAUUUUUGCGACUUCUUGGAAACGGAGUUCCUCCAAGAACAAGUCGAUGCCAUCAAAGAAAUCUCGGACCACGUGACCAAUUUGAAGCGUGUCGGGGAAGGUCUCGGCGUCUACAUGUUCGAUAAGCACAUCAAGGACUCCGCUGAUCAUUAGUUUUAAAUUUUCUGUUCUCACGGUGAGCACCGAGCACAAAUAAAAUGUCACCGGAUGUUUUUUGGAAUGUUUGCCAACCCCAGAGAGCUGGCUCAACUGAAAAGUCUGCUAUGAAAAUUGUGAUGUAGUAACAAUAAUAAAUUUUUAUGUCGACUUCAAUUAUUUUGCACCGGAAGCAAAGGAUAUUUCGUGAACCUUGCAAUUGUAUGUGAUCCAUAGAAACUAGGAUGUCGCCUAACAGUUAAUAAAUUCAUUAUGUGCAUUUAAAUU